CCCCUCUUCAAUAACACCCACAUGGAGAAAAACAAAUUUUCCGGUGAUCGGAAUAAUCUCUCCGACCGCCACAACCGCCCGCCUCCCGCUCCCGGAGGUGGCUGGAAAGCCGCCAUCUUCGUCAUCUGCGUGGAAAUCGCCGAGCAAUUCGCUUUCAUCGGCUUGUCGAGUAAUUUGAUCAUGUACUUCACCACCGUCCUCGGCGAGCCCACCGCCGCCGCCGCCAAACAAGUCAACAACUGGGCCGGCGUCUCCGCCGUCUUCCCAAUACUCGGUGCCUUCGUUGCCGACUCAUUCCUCGGCCGUUUCAAAACAAUUAUCAUUUCCACCCUCAUAUAUUUCCUGGGAAUGGUGUUGUUGAGUGUAUCGGUGAGUUGGGUCGGGUCGGGUCACCGGAAGGCGGUGGUUCUGGUGGCGCUGUACAUUAUGUCGGUGGGAGAGGGCGGGCACCGGCCGUGCGUGCAGACGUUCGCCGCCGAUCAGUUCGACGAGGGGUCGCCGGAGGAGAGGAGGAAGAAGAGUUCGUUUUUCAAUUGGUGGUUCGUGGGCCUCGUUGUGGGCUCCACUCUCGCCGUCUUUCUGGUUAUUUACGUUCAGGAUAAUAUGGCCACCGGGUGGGGCCUGAGUUUUGGAGUUCUGGCCGGAGUUUUGGCGGCGGCGAUAGUUCUGUUUCUGGCCGGAGUGAAGAAGUACCGACAGCAAGGUCCCCUCGGAAGCCCACUGACGACAAUAGCUCAGGUGGUGGUGGCGGCGGCGAGGAAGUGGCGCGUGGACGAGACGCGUCAUGGAUGGCGAGUGUGCUACGAAGAUAACGAUGCCCAUCACGAGGGUCGACACGUGCUUACGACUUUGGGUCAAACAAAUCAAUUUAGGAUUUUGAACAAGGCGACGUUGAUGGAGGAAGCGGAUGAGAAGAGGAAGGUGCGGGACCGGUGGCGGGUGAGCACGGUGGGGGAGGUGGAGGAGGUGAAGCUGGUGGUGCGGCUGGUUCCGGUGUGGGUGAGCUGCCUGAUGUUCGGAGUGGUGCAGGCACAGCUCCACACCUUCUUCACAAAGCAAGGCAGCACCAUGCUCCGCUCCAUUGGGCCCCACUUCCAACUCCCCCCGGCCUCUCUCCAAGGCGUCGUCGGCCUCACCAUCCUCCUCACCGUUCUCUUCUACGACCGCGUUUUUGUCCCCGCCGCCAGAAACUUCACCGCCCACCACUCAGGCAUAACGGUGCUACAAAGGAUAGGAAUAGGGCUCUUCAUAUCCAUCCUCAACAUGGCAGUCUCCGCCUUAGUAGAGACGAAAAGGGUUGCGGUGGCGGCCAAUCACGGUCUCACCGACAUCCCGAAAGCGGUGGUUCCGAUGACGAUAUGGUGGCUAAUUCCACAGUACAUGCUGUGCRGCAUCUCCGACGCCUUCGCCAUCGUCGGUCUCCAAGAACUUUUCUACGACCAAAUGCCGGAAUCCAUGCGGAGCUUGGGGGCGGCCGCCAACAUCAGCAUUAUUGGCGUCGGAAACUUCCUCAGCAGCGCGGUGAUAUCCGUCGUCCAGGCCGCCACCGUGGCGCGGGGUGGCCGGAAGUGGCUGGAGGACAAUCUCAACCGUUCAAAUCUGCAUUACUUCUAUUGGAUUUUGGCGGCUUUGAGUGCUCUAAAUCUGUGUGGCUAUGUUUGGAUGGCAAAUGGGUUUGUGUAUAAAAGAGUUGAUCAAGAAUUAGGUAAUAAUAUCAAUGGUGUGGAGAAGGAGGUGAGCUUCAAGAACAGCAAUAAUGGCUGCCAUGGAGAUGAUAUGAUAUGAUCAUACGAGAGAGGAGCUAAAAAUGAUGAUUAAUUAUUAAAUAUGUGUUUUUUAUUUUUCUAAUUUGUAGUGAAGUUAAAUUUAGGGGUGUCUCUAAUGUUUUAAUGGUGUUUUUUUGGCUGAUGGGAUGUGAUAUAUUAUAUAAUAAUAAUGGUUAAUUGAAAAUUUCA